CACCGCUAGCACAAGAGGGAAGAGGGCUGAGCCUUGAAGCUGCUGGGGGAACUUGAAGAGAGCAGGGGGAGGAGGAGGAGAAGAAGGAUUGAUAUAACAAGAGCGGCUGUCGGUGCGCAGCGCAACUCACUCCAAGUCUUUGAACCAAGACCGACAGAUAAAGGGGAGCGGGCUUUCCAUUCAUUACGAGCACAGGCAAACUUUUUCUUCCUUGAGUCCGUGGCGCGGGUCCGUUCACCACAUCACAAUCAUAUUUUUAAUCUGUUUUUUUGUAAAACGAGACAUCAGCAAACUUUACGAGACCUCCGCGCAGGGAAGCGUGCUCCCUGCUGAAUUGCAUGACAUUUCUUUUAAGGACUUGAGACAGACUUUCUUCACCUACCUACCUACCUACCUACCGCGUGGUGUGGGAUUUUGAGCUGAAACGGGGACUUCUCCAAUGCAAAAGUACAUGUAUGAGAAAGCAAUGGCACAAGAGACAAGGAACGGAGGAACCUCUACGUUAAAUAACAACAAUGGUGUUGACAACAGUAAGAAGAAGCUGCUAAUAGCGCUCGACAUCUUCUGUCUUCUACUCGCUAGCCUGCCUUUCCUGAUCAUUGAGACUAGCACCAUAAAGCCGUACCAGCGCGGGUUUUACUGUUCGGACGAGUCCAUCCGCUACCCCCGAAAAGAGGGAGACACCAUUAGCGAUGCCAUGCUUUGCGGUGUUGGCAUUCUUAUUGCCAUCUUCUCUAUUGUGAUUGGAGAAUGCUUCAGGAUUCACCAACUACACGAGGGAACCAAGUCUUUCGUCGGAAAUCCCUAUGUCGCAGCCCUCUACAAGCAGAUGGGUGUGUUUCUCUUUGGAUGUGCCGUCAGCCAGUCGUUCACAGACAUCGCCAAGGUGUCGGUGGGCCGUAUGAGGCCCCACUUCUUAGAUGUGUGUAGACCAGAUUUCUCCACCAUCAACUGUUCAGCAGGAUACAUCACCAACUAUAACUGCACCGGCGACAAAAGCGAUGAACAGGAGGCCAGGAAAUCCUUCUUCUCAGGACAUGCCUCUUUUUCAAUGUAUACCAUGCUCUACCUGGCUUUUUAUCUCCAGUCCAGGUUUUCAUGGCGUGGCGCUCGUCUCCUCCGCCCGUUGCUCCAGUUCACCCUGUUGAUGAUGGCCUUUUACACCGGCCUGUCACGUGUCUCUGACCACAAGCACCACCCGACCGACGUCCUGGCAGGAUUCGUGCAGGGAGCCCUGGUGGCCUACUGCAUAGUGUUCUACGUGUCAGACCUGUUCAAGCCCCGGGUGAAGCCAGCCACGCCCCCGCCCUCCCCCAUCAAGAAGGAGCUGCUCCCGUCGUCCGACAUCAUCGAGAGGAACAACCACCACAACAUGGUGUGAGAGAGGCCACGUCUCCUUCCUGCGAACGAGGAGCCAAUCACAGCGCUGCUCACCUCCCAUCGGACAGUAGAAUGUAGCGACGAGAGACUGUAGCUGCUUCUCAAACGGCACCCUCCUCCCUUUUUCGCAGCGAGGCGCUUCGUGGACUAGGGUGUCAGAUUUGAGAUUUGCACAGCAGAGUCCACUCUCACUAUCCAGACUUUUUUUUUUUAAUUUACUAUCAUGUCAACUACUAAUCAACAUUUGAGCCCAUCAUUUUGAGCACAAAAGAAUUGGAAGCUAGAAGGCAAAACGAAAUAAGAAAUUGACUUGACAGGCAGAGCUGAGGGUGCGGAGGUUUGAUGGAAGUGUAACCACAUGAAGGGAAAACACUUGUGAAGAAAAACCAAUGAAGAAAAAAAAAGACAAACCCCCUGCCUAGGGAGAGAGGGGUCUUCAGUGAUGCUUCCUCUCUGAACUCUCUGUGGCCUUGAAACGCCGUAGGACAACAACUUCCUUAGCUAAUGGGAAGGAUAUUACUGCAAAAACUAGCAGCAUAGAAAUAUUAACAGUAUAGAAAAUGUAACUUAUAGCACUGUUUUUAAAGUUCAUUGUCCAUUAUCACCACUUGCUGCCUGAGACGUCUGACUUAAAGAAAACUUGAUGAUGCUGACACCCGUGAGACAGAAAUAUUGACUCCUGGAAGCUGACCGAGCCUGAUGUGGCGGCUUUGAAAGACUCCACGCUCGGGCAGGAUAAAGUUAGCUUCAAUAGCAAUAACUCUGAACCAGUUAGGCCACUGUGAGGAUCAUAAACUGGUCUUUUUAGGCCUUAAUAACUGUUUUUAGAGCACUCUGUAGGCUUUUUUUCUUGACUGAUAAGCAACACGUCCCCGUGAUUUAAGAAGUGAUACCUCUGUCUCCAGAUUAGCACGUCAAGCUUUUAGCAGCGGACUCCCAGCGCGGCCCAAACCCGGGAUGUUGCAUUUCUUGAGGGUUAGAUGUAGUAAAGGGGGGGACAUUUUCUGUGGAAGGAGGGAGGCAGAUCUCCCAGCCUCCCUGCACCUUUAUAAGCAGCGUGGCUGUGCCAUGCCGCUUCCUGGUGUUUCGGGGGCAUCUGUUUGGCUACCUGAACAGGAAG